GCACGCUUCCCGUAUUGAUCAAACGUCGCAUUCGCAUUUCUACGCAGUGAAAUUCUUACAAUAAAUUAUAAUAUAAAAUACAACCGUAUUUUACUCACUCUACAAAACGGAUAGGUGUGAAGAAUUUUUACAACAUCGUCCUUCCUCAUUUCGGUCAUUAUUACAAUUUUAUAAACAAUAUAAACAAAUCCUGCCCCUCUGACGAUGCUAACACUACUACUCCACACAGUGAUACGGUUGCAGUGCCUCAGGCGCAGAAAAUAACUGCAAGAGCUGAACACAGGCAGUAAAAUUUAAAAAAAUGGCAUCAAGAUUCAGUGGAGCGUUGCAAAUUACAAAUCUAGAUGACUUUAUCACUCCGUCGCAGGAGUGCAUUAAGCCUAUAGAAAUGCAAGCGAAUAAAAGUAUAACAGGUGCAAAGAUAAAAAUACAAUCAGAUAAUGCCCAUUUAGCACUUAAUGAAAUUGAACAACCACAGAAAUUACAAAAAGUUGAAAUCACACUUACUGACUGUUUAGCAUGCAGUGGUUGUAUUACAUCAGCUGAGAGUGUACUAGUUACUCAACAAAGUCGAGAAGAAUUGCUCAGGGUGUUCCAGGAGAAAGUUGCCCAGCAGAAUAUAGGAAGUACAGAUUCCAAAUAUAUAAUAGUAAGUCUAUCGGUGCAACCUGUAUUGUCACUGGCACAACGUUAUGAACUUACCCCCGAGCAAGCUCUUUCUAAAUUGGCAGGAUUUUUUUAUCGAUUGGGAGCUGAUGCAGUACUAGAUAUGACAAUGGCUGAUGAUUUUGUUCUAUUGGAAGCCGCCAAAGAAUUUGUCGAGCGUUAUAAAGCUAGUAAAGAGGGCAUGAAAAAUCAAUUACCAAUGUUAUCCUCUUCAUGUCCAGGUUGGGUGUGUUACGCUGAGAAAACUCAUGGAAAUUUUAUAUUGCCACAUAUAAGCGUCACCAAAUCACCUCAACAAAUUAUGGGAUCAUUAGUAAAGUACCACUUAGCUGAAAUUAUAGGCCUAUCGCCAGAACAAAUAUAUCACGUAACUGUAAUGCCUUGCUAUGACAAGAAGUUGGAAGCUUCCAGAGAAGAUUUUUACAAUCAGCAGAGAAAAAUGAGAGACGUAGACUGUGUCAUAACAUCAAUUGAAUUAGAACAAAUGCUGAAUGAAGACGGUUUAAUAUUAAAUGAAAUAGACGAAGGUGAAAUUAAACAGCCAUUUGGUUCCUACAGUGAAGAAAUUGGAACUAAAUUAUGGGGUCACAGUGGCUCAGGAUCAGGUGGUUACGCGGACUUCAUUUUUCGUUAUGCAGCGAAGAAUCUUUUCGACGAGGAUAAUGUCACAGUGGAUUUUAAAAGUCUUAGAAAUCUCGACUUCCAGGAAGCAGAAUUGAAGAGAAAUGACCAAGUGUUAUUAAAAUUUGCUAUUAUUAAUGGCUUCAGGAAUAUACAGAAUAUAGUUCAAAAAAUGAAAAAGGGCAAGUGCGUUUACGACUAUGUCGAAAUUAUGGCAUGCCCGUGUGGUUGCCUAAACGGUGGGGCGCAAGUGAGACCUGAUGGAAACAUUCAAGCCCGAGAACUUGCAUCGACAUUGGAAACUAUGUACCGUAAACUUCCGCUAAGCAAACCUGAAGAAAAUACAGUAGUACAGAACUUGUACAAAACUUGGCUAGGAGGAGAACAUACAGAUAAAGUUAACGCGUAUUUUAAUACACAGUAUCACGAAAUACAAAAAAUGAACACAGCACUCGCAAUAAAGUGGUGAUGUAAACUAUGUUUUAUAUAUUAUAUAUAUAUAUAUAUAUAUAUAUAUUACUUGUAUUAUAUAUUUUUUGUAUAGUAAGUUCAUUAGCUGAUUGACUCUUUAUUUUGCAAUAUAACAAUAAAAAUAAAUAAAUUACUAAUUAGUUAUUUGACGUCCACUUAAAGCCAUAACUUAAAUAAAUGAUAGCAUGUGAUAUAAACAAAUUUUACGCUCUUAUAUAUAAAUAUUGUCUACUUAAUAUCACCUUAUAUAUACAUAUAAUAAAUUACAUUAUAAAACAAA